UCUGCCCUUUGCAGUCUCCCAUCUCCCCAACCCAGGCCUUAGCCUGUCUCAUUUUUCUAUCAGAGGUGCUGGAGGAGCAGCAGAAUCAGGCCCAACUCCCAAUUCCCUCUCCCCAGUCUUCUCCAGGUGUCCCCUCCCACAGGAAAAGGACCACAUGGCCUGGAGAGCCCCACACCCACUGCUACUGCUGCUGCUGCUGUUCCCAGGCUCUCAGGCACGAUCCAAGGCUCAGUUACUUCAAAGUGUGGCAGGGCAGACGCUAACCGUGAGAUGCCAGUACCCGCCCACGGGCAGGCUCUACGAGAAGAAAGGCUGGUGUAAGGAGGCUUCAGCACUUGUGUGCAUCAGGUUAGUCACCAGCUCCAAGCCCAGGACGGUGGCUCGGACCUCUCGAUUUGCAAUCUGGGACGACCCUGAUGCUGGCUUCUUCACUGUCACCAUGACUGAUCUGAGAGAGGAAGACUCAGGACAUUACUGGUGUAGAAUCUACCGCCCUUCUGACAACUCUGUCUCUAAGUCCGUCAGAUUCUAUCUGGUGGUAUCUCCAGCCUCUGCCUCCACACAGACCUCCUGGAUUCCCCGCGACCUGGUCUCUUCACAGACCCAGACCCAGAGCUGUAUGCCUCCCACUGGAGGACCCAGACAAGCCCCUGAGUCUCCAUCUACCAUCACUGUCCCUUCACAGCCACAGAACUCCACGCUCCGCCCUGGCCCUGCAGCCCCCAGUGCCCUGGUGCCUGUGCUCUGUGGACUCCUCGUAGCCAAGAGCCUGGUGCUGUCAGCCCUGCUCGUCUGGUGGGUUUUAAGGAAUCGGCACAUGCAGCAUCAAGGGAGGUCUCUGCUGCACCCAGCUCAGCCCAGGCCCCAGGCCCAUAGACGCUUCCCACUGAGCCACAGGGCCCCAGGUGGGCGGCCAGCCUCCAACAAGGCUGGGCUCCCAGGAGCUCCUCCCUGACUUCUGACCUCUGCUGUUAUCCACAAAGAAAAGGCCAGGACUUGAUCCAAGGCCUUUGGCCACGCCCUCCCUGCAGAGCUGCAGAACCCAGGCCCUCUACUUGCUCACCCUCAGUUUACACUGCGGCCAGCACCCCGUUGUGGGAGCAAAGCCCAGCGCCUGCAGCAUCUUUCUACCAAACCUGAGUCACUGAUGACAAUCCCUCUUCCCUGCCUCCUCCUCCUAUCUAUAGCCCCUGAUAAAAGAAAAACUUGAGGCCUGGAACACUGGUGGCUGACACCUGUAAUACCACCACUGUGGGAGGCCAAGGCUAAAGGAGUUCCCAGUUGCAGUGAGCCACGAUCAUGCCACUGCACUCCAGCCUGAGCCACGGAGUGAGACCUUGUCUCUAAAACAGAAAAGAAGAAAAGAAACACUUUAGACAAAAUCAAUUUAACAGAGUUUAUUUGAGCAAAGAACAAUUUGCAAAUUGGGCAGCCCUCAGAACCAGAAGAGGUUUAGAGAACUCUGCUCUGCAACCUGGGCAGUUGUAGACACAGAAAAAGACUGAAGAAAGCGGAAACAAGGAACAAAAAGAAAUUGGUCAUUUCAAAGUUACCUUCUUGGUAAAAGGUUAAAGCAGAGGGGACUUCCCUACCAUACCGGCUAAAACUGACCUGUUCAGGGAUUUGGCUGUUACAUCUCUCUCCUAAUUUCUCGGAAGGUGAGAUAAACAACUUGGUUUUGGCUUGGUGGUGUGGAACCUUAGCACCAGUGACCCCAUUUUGGUUUGGGCUGUUGGGCCUAGUGCAGGAGCUCAGUUUAAACCAAUGGCCUCUUAUUACUCUUAUUUAACACCCCAAAUCCAGACGCCUGGGUCACCCCAACGUUUCCCUCUCCCUCUCCCCUUGCUCAGCCACACUCUGCCAAGGCCUCUCCUAUUGUGCCUCCUCCCCCUUUCCAAGCCCCUUCACCUCACACUGGCACUCGGACCACUGUGUCAGCCACCUAACGGGGGGUCCUGUCUUCAGUCCCCGCCUCCUAGAUUGUUCCCCUGAUAUGUCCCUUCCCAACAAUACCUCUGUGCAUUUCUUCCACCCAGGAAUUGAAGUCCAGUGUCGUUACUGGGGUCCCAAUAAUGCUUUGCCUAGAUCAGCCACCCCUGCAGCACAGCUCCCCGCUGUGCUGUCCUUACCACCACCAACAUGGCUGCAGCCUCCACAAGGAAGGGAACCUUUCUUUUUUCCUGCACAAGCUGGUCAAGAGGCGCCUCAACUCGCCACAUUCAAGAUCACUCCGUGCCUUGCCCCAGGCCUGUCACCCCCACAGUGCUGUUCUCUCUUUCUGACACUUACAAUCCCGAUGUUGGACCUACCGGACGGAGCCUGACGUGAUUAUCUUUUCUCUCCUGUUUGUCAUCUAUUUUUCUUUAUUCCUACUUUCUGAGAAAGUUCCCCAAGGUUACAUUCUAUUCAAAUGUUUUCAAUGUACACGAUCACAUUUUUCAUUUCUAAACGGUCCAUUUGUUCUCCGAAUGUUCCUUUUUAUAGCACAGCAUGUUUUAUUUUGGCAAGCCACAUUUUCUCUGGAAAUAUUAAAGUUUUAACUUUUGAACUUU